AAGGUGCACGUGCUGCCCCAGACCGUGCUCUACAUCGCUGAUGCAGAGACCUUCAGUGGGCAUGAGGAGUGUCACGAGCAAAAGAAAGCCAGAAAAAGAAACAGUAAAGAAACAGCUCUCGCACUUGAAAAGUUGUUGCCAAAGCGAUGUCAGGUUCUUGGACUGGUCACCCCAGGGAUUGUAGUUACCCCAAUGGGUUCAAGCAGCAAUCAGCCUCAAGAAAUUGAAGAGGGCGAAGCUGGGUUUGCUCUGUUGUUUCCCAAAAUUGAUGGGGUGAAAAUUCACACCUUCCAUUUCUCUAAAGACGUGAAGAACAGGGUCUUUGAUGAAAGCAAGUUUGCUGAAGCAGGUCUGAAGAAUAACCCAGAUCUCCGUGUUGUUCUUCUGUUUGGCUACAACUCCUGGAAGACUGGAGCUACUCGAUUUCUUCAUCAAAUAGUCAAUCCAUUGAAUGAGAAAAGUAUCAUCCUGGCUGGAGGACAAGUGGAGAGCUUUACAUCACUGACCUCUGAGAAUGCCCACGCCCAGCCCGGGGACGCCUGCGGUGUGGUUGGGUUGGCUUUCAGCGGCCCCCAGAUCCAGAGUGCCACUGUCCUGCUGGACCAGGACGUGGCUGAUGAGAGGACGGCAGAGGCGGCCAUGCAGCGUCUCAAAGCAGCCAACAUCCCCGAGCACAACACCAUUGGCUUCAUGUUUGCCUGUGUUGGCAGAGGAUACCGGCAUUACAAAACCAAAAGGAAUAUGGAAGCAGAUGCAUUCAGGAAGUUUUUUCCAAAUGUGCCCCUCUUUGGCUUUUUCGGACAUGGGGAAAUAGGAUGUGAUCGAAUAGUUACUGGGAAUUUCGUGUUAAGAGAAUGUAAUGACAUAAAGGAUGACCUGCUUCAUGGUUAUACUACUGUAAUGACUCUAAUUCACCUUGGUUCAACUAAAGCAAACCAAGCAUAAGUAAGGUUUAAUGCUUCAGUGAGCUGUUUGUUUCAUUCCAGAGAGCUGAGAAGUCUGGAAGAGUGGACAUCUUGCAGUCAAAGCCCCUUCCAAAACAUAAACAUCAUUUUGGUAAUGUUACUGAGUCUUGUAGUUGCAAUAGAGUUUACUGUAAUAUCUGUGAGAAAACCUUGCAUUUUUUGUAAUCCCCUGUACACAUCAGAAUUGCAGGAAAUUAUAUUUGAUGGAAUUCUGCAUUUGAAGAAAGCCUCUUUCUUCCAAAAUGAAAAUGGUUUCUACAAAUUGUAGAAUACGCUGAAUUGGAAGGGACCCAUCAGGAUCGUUGAGUCCAACUGCUGGCCCUGAACAGGACACCCCAGGAAUCCCACCCAGUGCCUGAGAGUGUUGUCCAAACUCUUGUUGAGCUCAGGCAGGGCUUGGUGCUGUGGCCGCUUUCCUGGGGAGCCUGUUCCAGUGUCCAGCCACUCUGGGUGAAAAACUUUUCCUGAUAUCCAACCUAAACCUCUCUGACUCAGCUUCAUGCCACUUCCUCGAGUUCUGGCACUGGGCAUGAGAGUGAGGAGAUACUGAUGACCACAAUGAGGACUCCCCUCAGUCUCCUCCAGGCUGAGCAAACCAAGUGUUGUCAGCCACUCCUCAUAAGGCUUCCCCUCCAGAUCCUUCACUUCCUCAUGGCAUUCCUCUGGACCCCCUCUAAACUUGAUGUCUUUUUUAUACAGAGGUGCCCCCAGCACUGGAGACUGCCCCAGAGCCUGGCCUGGCUGGCGGUGCUGGGCUGAUGCCCCAGGACAUGAUUGGCCCUCCUGGCUGCCAGGGCAGGGCUGGCUCAGAGCCAGCUUGGCACUGACCCCAGCUCCCUUCCCAGAGCUGCCCUCCACCCUCCUGCUCCCCAGUCCCUACACACAACCAGGGCUGCCCUGUCCCAGGUGCAGAAUCCAGCACUUGCCAUUGUUACAUUUCAUAGGGUUGGUGAUUGCCCUUUGUCAGUGUCUCUGCAGGGCCUCUGUCCUUGAGAGAGUUGACAGCUCCUCCCAGUUUAGUGUCAGUGGCAAACCCAAACCCAAAUGUAGAAAGAAACUACUUUGAUGUGCUCUAUUUAUGCAUAAAGCACUCUAGAAAAACUACUGAUGCAUUAAAUCUACCAUUUCCUGGAUUUUAUUUCUAGAGAGAUGCAGAACUUCCCCAGAGUCCUUUACUGUUCAGUUUACAAAACUGAAGUUUUACUAGAUAAAAUAAAUGAAAAUCUUUAGAGAAAAGUAACAAAGUACUUGUUAAAUAAAGAUAGAAGUAUGUCAAAGUACCUUGCCUUCUAUUCUUAGAGAAAAAUCUCUUAUUUAAAGAUGUCCAGCUAAAAUUUCAGCUGGGCUCACCACCUUGAACUGAAUUUCAGUUACUCAACUGUGUGACUCAAAAUACAAUGGUUGCCUCUUC